GUUGCGGGUGCGGAGCGGCUGCGGCAGCGGCACCGCCGAGUUCGCGCCUCCGCGAGCACCGGGCGCUCCCGGCUCGUCUCACAGGCACGCCGAGGCGGCACCGGGCUGCCCGGGAACGGGUGGGCGGGUAGGCACUUGGGUACGUCGGUAGGUACGUAGGUAGUCAGGUAGGGGAGAUUCGGCUGGUCCCGCUGCCUCCUCAUCGUCAUGGCCGGCUCGGAGCAGCGGGAGGACGGGGAAGCGCCGUUGCCUAUCGAGGAUUCGGAGCUGGCGCUGGCCGGCAUCAACAUGCUGCUGAACAACGGCUUCCGCGAGUCCGACCAGCUCUUCAAGAAAUACAGAAACCAUAGCCCGUUAAUGAGUUUUGGAGCCAGUUUUGUCAGUUUUUUGAAUGCCAUGAUGACAUUUGAAGAGGAGAAAAUGCAACUGGCAUGUGAUGACUUAAAGGCUACAGAGAAACUUUGUGAAAGUGAAGAAGCUGGAGUUAUAGAAACAAUCAAGAAUAAAAUUAAAAAGAAUGUUGAUGGACGGAAAUCUACUCUAUCCAUGAUAGAUCGUCUACAGAGACAAAUAAUUGUAGCAGACUGUCAAGUCUACUUGGCUGUGCUCUCAUUUGUAAAACAAGAGUUAUCAGCAUACAUAAAAGGUGGGUGGAUACUUCGAAAGGCCUGGAAAAUUUACAAUAAGUGCUAUACGGACAUUAAUACACUUCAGGAAAUAUAUCAGAAGAAAACAACUCAGGAACCCUUGACUUCUGAUGCUGCAAAUGAUAAUCAUAUUGCUGCAGAGGGUGUAACGGAGGAUUCGCUAAACAGACUGAAAGGUGCUGUUAGCUUUGGAUAUGGACUUUUUCAUCUUUGCAUAUCCAUGGUGCCCCCAAACCUGCUCAAAAUCAUCAACCUGCUGGGUUUUCCUGGAGACCGCCUACAGGGGCUUUCCUCACUGAUGUAUGCAAGUGAAAGUAAGGACAUGAAGGCCCCUUUAGCUACAUUAGCUCUGUUGUGGUACCACACAGUGGUUCGUCCCUUUUUUGCCCUUGAUGGCAGCGAUAACAAGGCAGGAUUGAAAGAGGCAAAAGAAAUUCUUGCCAAAAAAGAAUCUGCAUAUCCAAAUUCUUCUCUGUUCAUGUUCUUCAAGGGAAGGAUACAGCGAUUAGAGUGUCAAAUUAAUAGUGCCUUGACCUCAUUUCAUACUGCUUUGGAACUUGCAACAGACCAAAGGGAGAUUCAGCACGUCUGCUUAUAUGAAAUAGGUUGGUGCAGCAUGAUAGAGAUGAACUUCAAGGACGCCUUUGAAUCAUUUGAAAGGCUUAAAAAUGAAUCCAGGUGGUCCCAGUGCUACUAUGCUUAUUUAACAGCAGUCUGUCAGGGAGCCACUGGUGAUGUCAAUGGUGCUCAGAAUGUGUUCAAGGAAGUUCAAAAGCUUUUCAAGAGAAAAAACAAUCAGAUUGAACAAUUUUCAGUGAAAAAGGCAGAUAGAUUUAGGAAACAAAUACCAACCAAAGAGCUCUGUGUCCUGGCGUCCAUUGAAGUGUUAUACUUAUGGAAAGCCCUUCCAAACUGUUCCCUCUCGAACUUACAGCAUAUGAGUCAAGCUUGUCAUGAUGUGGAUGAUUCAUCAGCUGCUGGUUUGAGGAAUUUACUUCUUGGUGCCAUACACAAAUGUUUAGGAAAUUCUGAAGAUGCUGUUCAGUACUUUCAGCGAGCUGCUAAAGAUGAACUCUGCCGUCAAGGCAACUUGUACGUCCAGCCAUAUGCUUGCUAUGAACUUGGCUGUAUCCUGUUGGACAAUCCAGAGACUGUGCCAAGAGGCAAAACCUUACUGCUCCAAGCCAAGGAGGAAUUUACUGGCUAUGACUUUGAGAACAGAUUGCACGUCCGCAUACACGCAGCCUUAGCCUCUCUAAGGGAAGUGGUUCCACAGUGACCAUCAGGAAGGCUUGCUAUCCUUUCCCACAGUUCCUGCACUUUAGGAUGAAGCAGAAGAAAGAGCUGUUGGGAAGUCCAGCUUUUCUUCUGAAAACCACUUGUGCCAGAGACACUUUCCUAGUAUGGCUGAGUAAAAACAUUACAAUUUUAACUAAAGGUAAAUCAACCAGGAAGAAGGUUAAGUGACCUUGUGUUUUUAACUCUUCAUUUUUUAUUUUGUUCAAACCAAGGUGAACACAAUUACUUGUAACUCUGUGGGUGAGCCUAAAUAAGCACAUGAUUUACUUCAACAACAUUGGCAAGGUUGAUUUUUACCUUUUAAAACAGGUCUACAUCUAAAAUUUGCCAGGAGGAACACUUUUGGUUUGAUUAGAAUAAUGCAAUAUAUGUAAUUGGUUUAAAUGUUGAAGUUGGAAGUGGUCAGAAUACUCCUUUUUCUCCAGGUAUUAGCCAGCACACAGGAGGAGGAGGAAAACUGUUUAGCCACAAAAAGUAGAUAUACUAAUUUUUUGUGGCUUUUGCCAGUUACCUCAUGAUGGCUAAUGGUGAAUUUUAAACCUCUCACCUCUUUAAGUUCUUUAUCCCUUUCCUCCCAACCCAGCUCAUAUUUGUGAUAUCAAUGAUAUCAAUGUUUAAGUUCUUUGCUUCUGGUACAUUCCAGAAAAAUCCUUUAACAUGCAGCUACGGCUUGGGCAGUUCUUAUUUUGGCUCUUACAUUCUGAAUACCAUAUUAAGAUUUUACAUGUUUUUCAUUCAAGCUGCUGGAUCCUUACAGCAUUGACCUUUAAAGGUAUUUUAAAAACCCACAAACAAAAAAAAGACAACCCACAAAACUGCUUUAGUAAUUACACCAAUAUUACAAUAUCUUCAGUCUCUGUAUAGUAUUUCAAGCCUGUGAUGUCAAGUUAUUGAAGUACCUCAGAGAGCCUAAAACUUUUUUCAUGACCAUAUAAUUUUUAAUACUUGGCCAUCAGUGUGCUUAUCUGUAGCUUUUUUUUUUACUUUUGUCCUUAAUGUGUAGUAUUUCCUUAUGUUUUAUAUUCAGCUAAUAUUGUAUUCAAGGAAGGUAAAUAUUUUUUUAAAGAAGCUUAUGAAUGGAAAUCUGACCAUAAAGUUAGUUGAAUUGUGUUACUUUGCAAAGCUAAGAAAACUGGAUAUCCUUGGAAAUAGUUAUCCAAAAGCCUUAUCUUUACUUUGGUCAGGUUGCCUUAAACAGUUCCUUAGCUUAAGCUUUUUUUGUUUCUUCUUAUCUUUUUGUAGAGCAUGUUGCCAAAGUUCUAGACUUUGCCCACACCUAACCUUCAUUGAUUUGCUUUUGAGGUUACAUCUAAAGCAAGACUGAUAUGGAGGAGAGAAGUAAUGUCCUGUUUGGUAGGCCAAAUGAAAUGGUUGAGACACUUUUAUUUCUCUCUAGAAAGACACAGUUCUGCUAUGAAAGGCAUUCCUAGAGCAGUUUAUCACUUCUGUUGCAGUUCCUGAAGGAGAGGAGGAACUCUUUAUAAAGCAGUUUUAUUUUUGUAUAAUCUAGGUGUCUUACAGGUAGUACACUGGGAUUUUUUUAUUCCACUUUGAUGGUAAUACUGAGUCAUAAAUGGGUGUUCAACCUUAUUUGGUCAAUCCAAAUAAAUAUUGACUAGAAAAUGAUAUAUUGUAUAUGUAUAUAGUGACUGCUUAGAGUUCAAAUAAUUAUUUUAAAAAUGGGCUUUAAUGUACUUGAAAUCUUAUUUUGUCCUAUCUGACUUUUAAUGUUUUUCAAUCAGACAGUCUGUUCUGGGUAAAUAGCUGGGAAUGGUGCAGCUACUGGCAAAAUUCUUUUUAAAUACACUCCUUAAAUAUGAUGUGAGACUUGGCUGUUCAGGACACAAAGCACCUGCAUGCAAUUUGUGUUGGGAUAUUUAGAGUCUGCAUACUUGGAGGUAGCUAGAAAAUUGUAGUAAAUUUACUAAAAGGCCUGUUCUCACCAGGCCAGGAGUGGGUAUAGAAAGACAUUAUAUGUUCAUGUAACAGUUCAAUAACUCUGUGCAAAGUGCAGCUUUCCUGUGGGCUUAGCAAAUCAUCACAACUGUAUGUUUCUGUAUUAGUUACUUUUUCCCUCCCCUCUCCUCAUAGGAGACCCUCCUACACUAUAUAUGGCAGAAUUAUUUUUUAUGUUAGAUUGUGCCUGUGAUGAGAAAAAAAACCAAUGGUCUUUUGUGUAAACUAGUAAGUUUUUAUACUGUGGAACUCGGAGGCAUGGUCUAAUAGCAAUAAUGGAAUAUGCAUCUUGCUAAGUAAUAUAUUAAGGCCAUCUUUACUGGGACAGGUAUUUUUUGUUGAUGUUGAUGCAGUUUUUAUCUCAGUACAACUCAUUUCAGAUAACUAGAAUUUUUAGAUGUCACAAGGUGGCAUAUUUAUUGUGAUGUACUGUAAAUGUUGUUAAUUUACAGAACUUGCACUUUUAUAUUUCUGAGUAAAAUUAAAAGAAAUGUGGACAUGAAUUUUGUUCCUUUGCUUCUUGAGUUUGAAUUCUAAUUGGUAGCCUCCUGAACAAGAUAAUACAAAGUAUUGGGAAAACUUCUGGGAUGUUAAGUGACUCUGUAACAAAGUUUUCUACUCAGCAAUUACCUCCAGCCUUUUUUCUUCCAGUAUAAUUGCAGUCUCCUGGAUGAGCAAGUGAGUUACUUCAUAUUGAGCUCAACCAUAGAGUGAAUGAGCUUUAAGGUACAUUUUUAAGAUGUCAAAUUCACUUGUUCAUCACUGAAGAAAAAGAACCACAUAAAAUUGUAUUUGUUGUAUUCCUACACCUUUGAGAAGUGUUUCUAAUUUACUCUAAAGCAAGCACUUUAAUUUCUCUGACUUUGAAUGCGUGUUUCAUACUCUAGUUAUGCUUUAUUCCUAAAUAAAAUUCCCCAAAUGCUGUA